AUGACAAGCACCAGCAUGAACACCUGUAGGGUCGUCUUCUACGAGGACAGGAAUUUCCAGGGUCGCUCUUAUGAAUGCAUGAGCGAUGUUGCUGACAUGUCUCCCUUCCUUAAUCGCUGUCACUCUUGCAGAGUUGAGAGUGGCUGCUUCAUGAUGUAUGACCGUCCCAACUAUAUGGGAAAUCAGUAUUUCUUCAGAAGGGGAGAGUAUGCUGAUUACAUGUCUAUGUUUGGCAUGAAUGACUGUAUCAGAUCCUGCCGUAUGAUCCCUAUGCACAGGGGAUCCUUCAGAAUGAGGAUCUAUGAGAGGGAGAACUUCGGAGGUCAGAUGUACGAGAUGAUGGAUGACUGUGACAACAUCAUGGACCGUUAUCGCAUGUCUCACUGCCAGUCCUGCCAUGUGAUGGAAGGCCACUGGCUUGUGUAUGAGCAGCCCCAAUACAGAGGCAGGAUGAUGUACUUGAGGCCUGGAGAGUACAGGAGCCUCAGAGAAAUGGGUGGCAUGAGAUUCCUAAGCAUGAGGCGUAUCAAUGAUUCCUUCUAUUAA